AAUUAGCGAGCGAAAAAAGAAGUGUGGGAAGUUGCAUUAUUUCGUCUCUCUAAGUAAAAAUGCAACAAGACUUAAUCUUUUUCUGAGACACAAAUACUGCCCAGCACAGUAGAAAGGACCAUCUUUUGGGUUCGGACAUUUGCCAAAAGGCAAAACAGAGUGUUUUCCGACAAGUACACUGUACAAGUGCGUAGCAUGCAUAGGAAAACAUCAGGUGCACGAUGCGAAAAGACAAAAGUCUAGAAGGGAAGAACAAAUAAAAGUAAGGAGCGUUUCGUCGUCCCCACCAGAUAACAAAGACAAGUUUGUGUGAGAGACUGAGCUUAGUUUGCUUUGCUUAUUAUAAAUAAAUGGGAAGAGGGCUUUGAGUUGCAGACAGCACAGAGGCUUCUCUACUUGUCUUCAGACUUUAUAUCACUUUAAUUUCUGAUUUCUUCUAAGGCUUUGGUGACCAAUUUUAUCACGAAAUUCAUAAGGAACAUGGCGAUGAAGGGUGUGAUUGCAUCUGCCGUUCGAACUCUUGCUUCAUCAGGGAGCUCAGCAUCAUCAACCACCUUCACCAGGCACCUCCAUGCAUCUGCUGGAAGCAAAAAGAUUGUUGGGGUGUUUUACAAGGCCAAUGAAUAUGCAGAACUGAACCCCAAUUUUCUGGGUUGUGAGGAGAGAGCGCUGGGCAUAAGGGAUUGGCUGGAAUCACAAGGCCACAAGUAUAUUGUCACUGAUGACAAAGAAGGACCAGAUUGUGAACUUGAUAAACACAUUCCAGAUCUCCAUGUUCUCAUAUCAACCCCCUUCCAUCCUGCCUAUGUCACUGCUGAAAGGAUAAAAAAGGCCAAGAAUUUGCAAUUGCUUCUCACGGCCGGAAUUGGUUCUGAUCAUAUUGAUCUGAAGGCUGCUGCUGCUGCUGGAUUAACAGUUGCAGAGGUCACAGGAAGCAAUGUGGUUUCGGUUGCAGAAGACGAGCUCAUGAGAAUCCUCAUUCUUGUGCGGAACUUCGUGCCCGGGUAUACUCAGAUUGUUAAUGGGGAAUGGAAAGUUGCAGGUAUUGCCCACAGAGCUUAUGAUCUGGAAGGAAAGACAGUGGGGACUGUUGGUGCUGGACGUAUUGGCAAGCUUUUGCUCCAAAGGUUGAAACCUUUCAACUGUCAUCUCCUCUAUCAUGACCGGGUCAAGAUUGACCCAGAAUUGGAGCAACAGAUAGGGGCUAAGUUUGAGGAGGAUCUGGAUGCAAUGCUUCCAAAAUGUGAUGUUAUUGUUAUCAACACACCCCUUACUGAGAAAACAAGAGGACUGUUUGACAAAGAAAGAAUUGCAAAGUGUAAGAAGGGAGUCCUGAUCGUUAACAAUGCUCGAGGGGCAAUCAUGGACACACAGGCAGUUGUUGACGCUUCCUCCAGUGGACAUAUUGCAGGUUACAGCGGCGAUGUUUGGAAUCCACAACCAGCUCCAAAAGACCAUCCAUGGCGUUACAUGCCAAACCAUGCUAUGACCCCUCAUAUAUCUGGUACCACAAUUGAUGCACAGUUACGUUAUGCUGCCGGUGUUAAGGACAUGCUUGACAGGUACUUCAAGGGAGAAGACUUUCCUGCACAAAACUACAUUGUCAAGGACGGUAAAAUAGCAAGCCAGUAUCAGUAAUAAAUUCGGUGCUUGUGAUAAAGUCGGCUAGUUUGUGUUCUCUUGCAGACACUAACUAUGAGUGAGCUCCUACUCAAUAAUGUAGCCGAAACCGAAAGCUUUUUAUAGGGUCUGUGCACCCAAUGUUUUUCUUUUUUCCUUUUUCUGUUGUAGUUUCCGCCUUCUUGUGAGUUUAUGCUGCCUGGACGGACAGUUUCCCUUUCAAUAAUAAGAACUUGUUAGCUAUUGGUACUUA